GCGCGCAUGGCCGCGGCGCGGGGCUGCGCGCUGCGCGGCGGCGGCGGGGACGUGCCCCGGUGCGGCGGCCGCGGGGUGCUCGGUGCGCGCCGCCGCCUCUCGCCCUCCUCGGCCCGGCCCCCGGCCCUCGGCCCUCGCCGUCCCUCCGCGCUGAUCCUCUCUCUCUUCUCUUUUUUUUUUUUUAAAGUGUGAUUGAAACAAAACAAAGCCAAAGGGACGCUGGAUCUAUCAUUGGUUGAUUUUCCUCCUCCUUUUUUUUUUUUUUAUGAUCAAAAACAACCCCCCACCCGAGCAAACAAACACACACAAAAGCAGAAAGAAAGGGUCUUGCUCAGCAGCAGCAUGGAUGUCUUGGCUAGUUAUAGUAUAUUCCAGGAACUCCAGCUUGUCCACGACACCGGCUACUUCUCAGCUUUGCCAUCCUUGGAGGAAAACUGGCAGCAGACAUGCCUGGAGCUGGAGCGAUACCUUCAGACUGAACCGCGGAAGAUCUCUGAGACCUUUGGUGAGGAUUUGGACUGCUUCCUUCAUGCCUCCUCAGCCCCAGAUGCAGAGGACAAUAUCAGACGGCUGGACCCCAUGCUUUUACCAGUGGAGACGAGUACAUGUGACAAAAGCGCCAACAUGGACAUUAUCCUCUCACGGGACAAGCUGUUGUCUGAGACGUGCCUCAGCUUGCAGUCUACCAGCUCUUCCACAGAAGGCUACACAGCCGUCAACCAGGCCCAACUCAAUGCAGUAACCUCAUUAACGCCCCCUUCCUCUCCAGAGCUCAGCCGCCACCUUGUAAAAACCUCACAGACUCUCUCAGCGGUGGACGGCACAGUGACGUUGAAAUUGGUAGCCAAGAAGACUUCACUCAGCUCUGUGAAAGUGGGUGUAGCAACAGCGACUGCAGGGACAAUAAAAAGCGGGCAAAGUGACAGUGAACAAGGAGGUACAGGGGCAGAAGCAUCCCCAGAAAAUAAGAAGAGGGUCCAUCGCUGUCAGUUUAAUGGGUGCCGGAAGGUUUAUACAAAGAGCUCCCACUUAAAGGCUCACCAGAGGACUCAUACAGGUGAGAAGCCUUACAAGUGCUCCUGGGAAGGGUGCGAGUGGCGUUUUGCACGGAGCGACGAGCUCACGAGGCAUUACAGAAAGCACACGGGUGCAAAGCCCUUUAAAUGCAACCAUUGUGACAGGUGUUUUUCCAGGUCUGAUCACCUCGCUCUCCACAUGAAGAGACACAUCUAAAUAUCAGUCAACUUGGUAUGGAUGUCAUCUGAGCUAAGUGUUGUGAGAUGAAAACAGAACUCCAGUUACAACACGCUGCCUUGCAGGAGAAGAGAACUUGAUCACGUGUAAUCCUCUGUACAGAGACCACACGCUCACACUGUCAUGCACCCAAUUAUACUUCAAUACGUACAUCAGUUCUUUAUGCCUUGCCCCAGCUGGAUGGGAGAAGAUGCAGGCGGCAAAAUGGUAUAGAAGUGAAGUCAAUGAGAAGGAACAGUGGCUUACAGUACUUCAUUCCUCUUGGAUUUGUUUCCUGUUUUUGCCAGUGGAAAUCAAAGAAAAUGGAGGAGGCUUCCCUGCAGGUGGACGGCAGUAGAAGGGGCUUAUUUAACUUGCUUCUCAGUGCAACUCAAUAGGAGAAUAUGUCGUCUUGAAGUUGCAUAUUUGUAGCACUAACUUCCUUUUUAAAUAGAUGGGGGGAAAACAAUGACCUAGAAAACCAAAUCCCAGUUUGGUAGCCAAAAUUAACCUCUUGGUUCAUUUGUUCUUUGUCUGAGAAUUCCUAAUGUUCAGUGCAUCAGACUUCUCACAGACACUUUGACCUGUCUUGGUUUUGGUUCUUCUUCCGAGAACUGAGUUAUUGAGAUCCUUUUAAGUCAAUACCAGUGGCCUUAAUGGCAGUAGACUGUGGAGUGACACUUGUAAAACAAAUAUCCUCUUUUUGGCCUGAGUUUAUGUAGACUUCAUGAAGGACUAUAUUUUUGUUGGUUGUUUUUAUUUUAAUUUUUGUUUCGGCUAUUGCACAACAUAUGCACUAGGGACUCUGGAAGCUGCUGCCAUGAUGGCUAAGUGGCCAAGGGAUAAACCCCUGAGAAACAGCACCUAAUAUCUCUGUAGGCCUCACCUUAUUGCCAUAGCUAGGACUUCUUGUUUAUUUGUUGAACAAAAAACUUCAAAAGCUUAUUUGGAAGCUUAAACAUUUUUUUCUCUUUUCUCCACGAACAAGUGAUCUUCAGAACUCCUUGUCUUCACCUGGAUAUCAGUCUGGGACUGGCCACACAGGCAUGACUACAGGAUUCCUUCCACAUCAUGUGAGCAUGUUAGCCACAACUCACAGUGACUUAGUGAUUAAUUAUGUUGCUUUUUCUUGCUGUUCUUCUAUUAAUCAAUUUAAAACAUUAGACUUUUGUUUGUGUAAAGAGCACCUGCAGACGUUUUAAUUUAAAGCUAAUGUUUGUUGAGCAUCUUACACACACACAAAAAAAAAAAAACAAGCCAAAAAUCCUACUCCAGUCUCUGAGUGGGAAGUUGAGAACCUCUUCCAAGUACAAUGGCUUCAUUCAGCAUUACCCUUUUAAAGAAUUUAUCAAAGUCCUCCUUUUCCAUUCAUCAAGUUGAUGCUGUAGCCCACUCCUAUAUGAAAAAAAUGUAACAGCGUGAACGGUGAAGGAAGGGUUGGAUUUUACAUACAGCAGUGAGGCUUUUCCAAAUGAUUGGUCUAAAGUAUUACUAACCUAGAGGUCCAUUUUGGCCUACUGUGUGAACCGUCAAGGAGAAGUGGAGGUCUCAUGCUCACCCUUCAGUCCUAUUGAUAAUUUGAUUUCGUUGACUCAAAGUGGAUUAAAGUCUUCAUUACAAAAGAAAAACACAAAAAAAUGUAUCUUACCAUAACUUGCAUUUGAAACUAUUUGGCACUGGCCCUGACUCCAAAGACUGCAUUUAGGACCAUAAAAAUGGCCUAUGCAAGCAGGCAGGUGGUCAUUAGGUUGUAUAUUUUGUAUAUUCUGGGACCAUCCCUACAAGAUGUGUCUAGAAAUGAAACGAAAUGGCGCGUGGUCCACAAAUGGUUGCUGCUCUUUUAUACUGUAUUAGCCAACUGCCCUUCUUUGACUGUUUUGAUUCAUUGACUGUUAAAUAUUUCCCUUAAUUUAUGUUUUGGGAGGUAAAACUGUACUCUUAGGGGAAAAAAGAACAAACAAGAAACUCAAUAGAUGUUUAAGAGCCGUCACCGGGAUCCUUGGCACUUGAAUUCUCAGCAUUUUGCAACCUUUGGUUCCAGUGAGAGAUUGAAUUUACUCGAAAGAUGCUGUUUUUCCUCACAGUUUUCACAAAACACUGUGACUGUCAACUGAACACUUUAGGGACAGGGGGGAAAUACGAUGUCUGGCCCAUAUGGCAUGAAAUAUGGACCAAAAUCUAACCAUCUUUUAGGGACAAUGGUGUAACAUUCAUGGUAAGAGCAUGAGAGAGAGCAAGAGAGAGAGUGAAAGAAAAAAUAGAAAGACAGAGAGAGAGAGUGAAAAUUGAGUUUAUUCCAAAGAUUUAAAACUAACUGUACUCUAUAUGUGUAUAUAUAUAGCUUAUAUAUAUACGUAUACAUUUAAAAAUUGCGGAGCACUGCUUGCUGACAAUCUCGUAUUUCUCUACUUCUGUAUUUGCAUAAUUUUUAUGGCCAUUCCACCCAGCUGUUCCACUGGGACUGAGGGCCCUAGAAUCCAAUUUAUGUUGGAAUAUAUAGAGCAUCCUGCCAGAUGUCUAAUGGGAACUGAAACCUCAGCUGUGUGAAACUGUAGAGCAUCCAGUCAGUGCAUUAGAUUAAAAAAGGGAUAAGAGAAUCCUAGAAUUUCAUUACUGUAGUGUCCUAAAGUGUGUGCUCUCAAAACCACCACCAUGAUAUUCAUUGGCUGUGAACCUGCAUAAAUAUCCUUCUUUGACCUCUGAAUGCACUUGCCUUUAGACAUCCUAUCAGUAGUCUACAAACCUUAAUUAUUAAGUGACAGGCUCUAUUUAAAAUGGAAAAAAUCAAGCAAGACUGUUUAUUUACUUCCAGUUGUCAUUUAUGGUCUUGUUGACAUCUUAUUUAAAUAUGGCAGAACAAGGGCCCCAUGGAAAAAUAUGUGCUGAAAUAUCUGACUAUUUUGUUCUAGAGGCAGGCCUACAUCUAAAUCAUGGAUCCAAAUAGCCUAAAAACAUAGAGAAAAGGGGGAUAAGAGACUUAACCAGAUUUCAGAUUUCUCAGGCUCUCUCUGUAGCAGGUCUUGAACUCUGAAGCCAAAUUUUGGGCUUUAGGACCAUCUCUUCUGUUUGUAAAGGGAGAUAUUUUUCACCUGUAUACAUGGUGGAUUCAGUCAAUCUCUGGACUUCAGUUUUUGGGUGCUCAUAUGCAAGUGUCUUAGGCAUUACUAAAAUUUCAAACCAUAGCUGGUAUUUUGCAGGAAGAGUCUCCAUUUUGGAAAGGCAUAAUUAGUGACACAUUCCAGGAUUCAUUUUUAUAAUGACAAGUUUGUUUCUUCGCAGAUAUUUUAAGCUGUGCACUUCAAGCUUGUGUAAUCUGUUAUAGCUAGAUCCUUUUUGGGCCUGUGUCUCCUUGCUAAAGUUGUACAGAUGUCCUCUAUUUGUAAACUAUUAGUAGAAACAGACUAAUGAGGAAAAGCUAAUCCUCUCUCUAAGACUUCUUAGAAGCAAACCCAUAAAUAGAUGAUUUGGUGACAGUUGAGGACCGAGUUAUCCAGACAUAGAAAGGAGUAGUUUAACCUUAUUUCCUUCAUGCUAGAUUUAUGCCUAUUUGCAAAAGAGAAGCCAUUAUAAGAAAGUCAGAUUGUGUUUUCCAAGGCCAUGGAAUGAUAUGAUGAGAACAAAUUGAGACAAAAGCCUCACAAAAGAGUGUACAUAGAGGAAGCAACUAAAGCAAAUGUGAGGUUUUGUGAAUAGCUAAACAAUAUUUUGGAGCAGAACAGUCAUCAUAGAAUCAUGCAGGUUGGAAGGGGCCUCCAGGGGCCAUCUUGGCCAACCUCCAGCUAGAGCUGGUUGCUCAGGGCCAUAUCCAGCUGAGUUUUAAAUAUCCUCAAGGAUGAAAAGUCUAUAACCUCUCUGUGCAAGCUGGUCCAAUAUUUGACCACCUUUAUGGUAAAAAAAGAAAAAAAAUUAAAACCCCAUGUGUCAAGUAAGAAUUUUCCAUGUUCCAACUUGUUUUCAUUGCCUCUUCCACUAUGUACUUCCAAGAAGAGUCUGACUCCCCCUCUACACCCUUUGUUAGGUAUUUGUAGACAGCAAUAAGAUCUACCCUUACCCUUCCUAAGGUUGAACCAUGUCUCUCAGCCUCUAUUCAUCCACCAUGUGUUCCAGAACCUGAUCUUCAUGGUGGCUGUGUUAGACUUGCUCCAAUAAGUUACAGUGUUGAUAUAAUUUAUUUAUUCUGGAUUUUUCCAUUAUCUAAUUGAGACAAGCUAUACUCCAUGACAAGAUUCUAUUUUGAAAACUGGCUUAUGAAAAAUUACUUACGAAGCACCAAUAUAAAGACUUUUUUCUAAUCAGAUUUGCUGAAUCUGUAUAUAAAAGUAUACUUAUAGAAAUAGGGUUUCUAUACUGCCAGCUUGAGGCCUGGCAAGCAAAAUUCUGUUUUACCAAUGUAAUCAUUGCUGUUUUACCUUAAACUUAAAAAUGUACUGUUUUGCUCAUACUAUAUCAAAUAUGAAGACACACGAUGCUAUAUUUUAUUCACUUUUAGACCAAACCAACAAGUUGCAUCUUUGUUCUGUUUGUUUUUCCCCUUAGGAAAUAAAAAGCAACCUAAAAUAUCACAUGUAUUAUAUAAAGAUUGAUCUAACAGAAAAGGGGAUUCCAGAGUCCAGAGUAUUUUUCAUUAUCCUAGAGAUGUUCUUUUUCAAUAGCCAGUACUUAAUCUAGAAAAUUAUAUUACCUGGAUAAAUUGGCAAUUAAAGAAGAGAAAGGAUGGUCUGAAAUCCUAGAGUCUUUCGAUGUCUUGGACAAGGCCCUGAGCAGUCUGAUCUAACUAAACUGUUUUUUAAACAGAGGGUUGAAUUAGGUGACCUACAGAGGUACCUUCCGAUAUUAAUUUUACUGUGUUUCUAUGAUUAAUUUCAGAUCUCUCACUGGUGAAAUGUGUACUUCCCAGUCUUGUGCUGGCAGAACAGACUGCAGGACAGGUCUGUAGAGUUUCUCUCACACUCUGAUAGUUUCAUCAUUUUUAAACCUUAUAAGGCCUCUUCAUGAGGGAGAGACUUAGAGAGGAAGAAAUCUUAAAAAAAACCCCAAACCUUUAGCAAACCAGUUUGAAGCAAUAUCAUAGCAUGAGAUGUGUCAGAGCUGCAGGGACCAACCAGAUAUUAGGGAAACAAGUUUUGCUAGCCUGGAAGACCCAUGUGAUGUCUCAAAAGUAGUUUCCUGGACCUGAAAUCUAAGCCAACAUAUAUUUCUAUAAAGGUGAACAUCAAUUUUUUUUUUUCACUCAUUCUUAUUUUCCUCAGACUUUUUGGAAUUGGGUUUACUGGUUUUUUAGGCUAGCACAUUUUACCUUAAUAUAUGGAAAGCAGUGACCAAACACAGAUGGAGAAAAAAGAACCUGAAUUCAAGAGGAGCACCUAGGUCCUUGCUUUUGGAACUGUUUUAACUUCAGGAGUAAAAAGAUAACUAAUCACUAGGGUGUAUGGCUAAAAUGGAGUUGAUCAAUAUGCUGGUUUCUGUGAUUGAGUGUAUCUUAUCUGUGACCUUUCUGAUAUCUACAAAACAAGGCUUCCUCCCUCGUUUUUACCUGGCCCUAGACAAUUUGGGCUUUUUAGCUGUCUCUAAUAAAAAGGUUGCUCCUUCUAUUUAACAUACUUUGUUUAUCUGUGUAUAAAAGAGGUCAUAAUUGGUGCUUUUGACAAAACUGAUGAAAAUCCAACUUGCUUAAGUGUUUCCUUUUCUCUGCCUCUUCCCUUAAUGUGUGUCAAAAUCUUUAAAUUUAAAAAAUAAAAAAGAGGAAAAUUUUGUAAAUAAUUUAAUGUUACUAGGCCAGCACCCAGUGGAUUAAGGGCUUCUAUUCUUGAUUUCAUUCAGAACUUGGCACAUCCUGUCAUUCUAUCUAGUAAGACUGUUUUUAAGCUUUCGUAUCCUGGGUGACACCUUUAACCCAACACUCUUUUGAAGUGCUUUUUGCUGAUAUCAGAUCCCCACGUACCAAGAACAAAAACAAUGCUUGACAAUAACUAUUUAACUCUGUCUUGAAGACUGAAAAUUAUUUCCUCCCAAGAUACUACAACUACUAAUUGACAAGACUUGCCUGUCUUUCAUUAGCAUUAAAUCUACGCCUUCUUGAAUGAUCAUUUCCAGAUCAAGCUUGGAUAUUCUUCUUCCUUUUGUCACAUUUGUGUUUCUUUUUAUUAAUAGUUAUGGGAUGACUAGUGCAGUCUUUCUCCUCCACAGCUCUACAUUGGCUUCAGUGGCAAGAUUUAGCAUUGUAAGAACUGUAGGAUCUGGCCUACCAGGUACUAAGAUCUGUCUUGUAAAGCUGAGACUUUCCUUCCCUCUUACAGGCAGAAGUUCAAGACAUACUCGUGCUAUAUAAGUUAUAUAUAUGAUGAUAUAGUUGUAUAUAUAAAUUAUAUACAUAACAAUGUGGAGAUGGGGGGGAUGGGUAGGCUGCUUUUAUCACCUCAAGAACGGGUUUCCCUACCUGAAAACUUUCAAAUGCAGGCAUCAUUUUUCAAACAGGGUUUUAUAAUUUUCCUUAAUGCUUGUUAAUGGCAUUUUUUUGUGUAAUAAUUGAAGUUGGAACUCUUUGCAAUUUUCAAAAUGAAAGCUUUGAUGACUUUUUUUAAGUGCUUUGGUCUUAACUUCUAUAUACUGCCAGAAAACAGGUUCUCCACCCUGUCUCGGUGUGGGUGUGGGUGUACAACAGUAUACCGUAUCUACCUACACAGAAGAGGAAACUGAGCUACUGACUUACAGUUUGUAGUAGCCAACCGUGCCUAUUGCUUUGAUUUAGGGAGGGCACUUGCUGUUGCCACUGCAUUUUAGGAAUCAUGUCAGCUUCUGUAGGAAAGUUUUCAACAAUGCUGGGAAAUACAUGUUGCUGUGUACUGUGAAUGAGUAGGCUGCAAAUCUGGGGGUUGGGAGGGGAGGUGGGAAGGGAGGGGAAGGAGGGCUUAGCAUGUACACACUAAAAGUGAACUAGAAUGGACAGAAAGGUGACAAUUUUAGCCUUUAUUGUUGGGCUCUCGGGGAAACGAAAAGCUAACAUGCAGUCCCUGGAAGGCCUGAUGGCUGAAGGGCUGAUAUUUCUUUAUAUUUUGCAACAUACAUUUUACCUGUCGCUCUGUAUUUUAAACCCCAGGCUUGUCAGAUUCUGGAAGUAGAUCAAAACACUGGUUUAAACACUACUUUGUUACCAAGGCCAUGUCUCUACCAGAGAAGUUGUCCUGUGUUAAAAUAUCAGUCUAGUUAAACCCUUUGCGGCUGCACCUGUUACUUGAUUGCCUGGAUUGAUUUUCCGUUGGCAUUCUAUGCAGUUAAUCUGAAAUGUAAGAAAUGCUUCACCCAGUUCAGAUACCUCUACAGGAAGAUUCUUGCACCAAUGUAAGUAGCUGGCUUUGAAAUCACUGUGUACAAACCAUGACAGCUUUUCUCUUAGAAACAAGGCCUUAGUUUUGCAUGUCUGCUCAUCUAGUUGAAAAAAUAAUAAUGCAGGCUGAGU